AGGGUCACACAGCUCGGUGAGUGGAGGAGUGUAUUGAGCCAGGAUUUGAACGCCCACCAUCUGACGGCAGAGCCUGUGCCAAUCCAGCAGGAAACGAGCCCACGCCCGGACCUGGCACGCGAUGAGGACUCUGCACACGGCGACUGCAGUCUGUGCCGCGUUGGAGUGGAAUCUGGUCUUCCGGGAGCCUCGACUUCUCGGCGUGGCACGCGGCGGCGCGGGCAUCCCCAGCUGGGCGGGGGACCUCCCCCCACCGGGCAUCCUGCGGGGGUCGGAAGCUCGUGCCAGCGCCCGCAUCCGCCGCAGGGGGGCGCUGCCGCCCUCGCAGGCCGCUGGCGCGCUGCUGGCGGUCCCCGCGGCAGGACGCGCCGCCUGCAAGAUGUCCGUGCGCCGCGGAGAGCGGCCGGCGCGGCCCGGGACCCGCCUCUCCUGGCUGCUGUGCUGCAGCGCCCUGCUGUCCCCGGCCGCGGGCUACGUGAUCGUGAGCUCGGUGUCCUGGGCCGUCACCAAUGAGGUGGACGAGGAGCUGGACAGCGCCUCCACCGAGGAGGCACUGCCCGCGCUGCUGGAGGACUCGGGCAGCAUCUGGCAGCAGAGCUUCCCGGCCUCGGCGCACAAGGAGGACGCGCACCUGCCGCCCCCGGCGGGCGCCGCCCGCGCCAGACCGCCGCCCGCGCCGCCCGGGAUGUUCUCCUACCCGCGCGAGAGCGGCCCGAGGCUGCGCCCGGGCACCGCCCGCUUCCUGGCCCACGCCAGCGCCUGGGGCUGUCUGGCCACCGUGUCCGCCCACGAGAAGAUCCCAGGACUGCCAUUUGGGAACUGCCUGCCCAUCAGCGACGGCCCCUUGAACAACAGCACUGGGACUCCUUUCUUCUAUGUGACGCCCAAGGACCCCGUGGUGGCCGACCUGAUGAAGAACCCCAUGGCCUCCCUCCUGCUGCCGGAAUCGGAAGGAGAGUUCUGCAGAAAAAAUAUCGUUGACCCAGAAGAUCCCCGAUGUGCCCGGUUAACGCUCACUGGCCAGAUGAUUGCAGUGUCUCCAGAAGAAGUAGAAUUUGCCAAGCAAGCCAUGUUUUCAAGACACCCGGUUAUGAGGAAGUGGCCUCGGCAGUAUGAAUGGUUCUUUAUGAAGAUGAGGAUAGAACAUAUCUGGCUUCAGAAAUGGUAUGGAGGAGUAUCUGACAUUUCAAGGGAGGAAUAUUUCAAAGCAGUUCCAAGAAAGGCCUGAUGGACUAAGAAGAAAGUCCUCGGUGCUUGCGUAAAAUGAAAACCUUUUAAGUGAAGCUGCCAGCCAGCUAUUGACUGCUGUCUCUUUGUUGAAGGGUUGAGGGCAGCCCUGUCAUCCUUAUAGCAGCACAAAAGAGGGUGACCAGGGAACCCUGCACUAGACCAGAAAUUCAAGUGGUCGUUUGCAAAUCCCCAGCUCAUCCAGGUACUUCACAUACAUAGUCUCUGUUGACGUUGUAUUCGGUCCAGACUCACCUAUUUGGGAAUCAUUGUUGAUUGUCAAAGUGAGAUGUUGAGACAGUUACUGUUCCAUUCUUUAAGACAAAAAAAAAUUAUGCUUGUAUGUACAAUGUGAUUGCUUUGUAUUGUGAGAGUAUUUUUGUUGCUUGCUGUGCCAAAGGCAGUGUCUUGGUUCUGAGCUCAUUGCAACCACAACGGAACUAAAUAUGCAUCCCACAGCCCCCAUGUGGUGUUUAGGGGGCGGGCAGAGGAUCGUUUGUCUGCGGAUUACUCAUCAUGCCACUGGAAUGCGCGUGCAUUAUUGUCACAUUUGCUGGAGUGUAUUGGUCACUUCUGAAGCUUUUUUCCCACUGUACCAUGACAAACAGCAUGAGGCCCCCCAGCAUUGUGCACAGCCCUGUUCUGUGUAGCAGGCCAUGGCAGUACCUUGAAGAGGAGAAACAGCUUCAGCAUCAAGCUCCCAGAUCCCACUGCUAACGCUUCUGACAGAGGGCUCCCUUCUCCUAGCCAUGAGGAGUGGCCCAAAGUAAGAUGCACCUACUUCUGUGGUGUGUAGAGAGGAGAGGGGAGAGGGUGAGCCCAGGAAGGAAGCACAGGCAACGGAUAGGAGAAGGAAGGACAGAAGUCAGUAACUGAGGUCGCGCUCGCUGCCCAGCCUUGGGCCGGGCCCUUCACGGGAUCACCUCAUUUAAGCCGUACCACCAAGACACAUAUCAUCAUUGCUACUCACAGGCAGGAAAACUGAGGCUCAGAGAGGCUAAGUCAACGUCUGACUCCAGAACUCACUGCACACAAUGAGCAGAGUGGUGCCUGCAAGAUUUCUAGCUUUAAGAUCAAGACAAAGAGUUACUGAAAUGCACAGGUGGUCGUUUAACCAGGAACUUCAGGAAAGUGAUAACUAACCUGCCUGUGGAUGAUUUGCCACUGCUUCCUACCAAAACAAAAGAAGUCUCUGCGAUUGGAUUCUUACUACAGACUUAAAAUUUUCUACAGUUUUUAUGCAGGAGCUCCUCACGUUUGCAAGAAACUACAUUGUACCUGUGUACACACCAAGGCCUGCAAGGACCCAUGUGUACACAUAGCCCAGGCCUCUUAUACUGAGUCUGUAGAGGAUCUAGUACUCAGUUUUUUGUCUUUUUAUAAAGGCUAUAAACUCUCUUUGGUGGGUUAGGUGUGUUGUAUAAGAUAAAAACACAACACUAUAUAUAGGAAACAUACAUUUUUAAAAUAAAUAAAAGCGUUAUUAA